AUGAUUCUUCCCACCCCCACACUCCUUUUUGCUCUUGGAGCGUUCCUCUCUUUACCUUCCGCUACACUUGGUGGGCUAGUCCAGAAACAGGGCCUUGCUGUUCCCCCUGCCUACGGUUCACACCAAGGAGAGGUCAAGCAAAUUUUUCUUGACAGCUAUAACGCUUACAAGAAGUUCGCGGAUGGCCAUGACGAUGUCUCCCCUGUGAGCCAGACUUCUAGUGACGGACGGAAUGGCUGGGGCGCGACUAUCAUUGACGCGAUGUCCACAAUGAAAAUCAUGGACCUGGAUGACCUCUUCGCUGAUGCUGUCAAAUUUGCAUCCAACAUUGAUUUCAGCAAAUCACAAACGUCGGACACCGUCAGCGUCUUUGAAACAACGAUCCGUUACCUUGGUGGCCUGCUCAGUGCAUAUGAACUGAGCGGCAAGCAAUCUCAGCAGCUGUUAGACAAGGCCAAAGAAGUCGCUGAUAAAAUGGCGCAUGCUUGGGUCGGCGUAGGUUGCCUUUUCUUUGCGACUCUAAUAUAUUCAUCUGAAAUGACAACUGGCAGAAAAAUAGCAUCCCCUAUGGUCACAUCGACUUCAUCGAACAUUGCUGAGGCUGGAACACUGACCUUGGAGUGGGCAAAGCUGACCCAGUAUACUGGAAACACGACAUAUAAGGCCCUCGCGGAGAACGCGGCACUUCAUAUAGCCAAUUUGGGUGUGCAAUUCCCUGGUCUCCCUGCGCAAGGCAUCGAUCCUUCCACUGGCUUAUCCGUUGGGAAAUACAUCACCUGGGGCGGAGGCUCUGACAGCUACUUUGAAUAUCUUAUCAAGUAUGCCCGCAUGGAUAGUUCAGUUAGCUCCGACUUUGCCGACUCUUGGAGAACAGCUGUCGAUUCUUCGAUUAAGGUUCUGCGAAAGGUGGAAUCAUGUACUUCUACUGUUGGUGACCACGUAUACCUCGCUGAUUACGAUGGGUCGAAAAUCCGACACGUCAGUUCUCAUUUGGCGUGUUUCCACGGUGGAAACUGGUUACUUGGUGGUCAGCUGCUGAAUAAUGCCACCAUAGUCGACAUCGGUCUGGAGCUUACAGACGCCUGCUGGAAUACGUACGCCCGUACAGCAACCCAAAUUGGCCCAGAAGUCUUUGCGUUCGUUUCCAAAGAUGGGGGUUAUACUGGUGGUUCCCCUCAAAGUGCAGAACAAACUGCUUUCUAUGAACAGAACGGCUUCUACAUCACGGCUGCAGACUACGUUCUUCGGCCUGAGGUUCUCGAAUCCAAUUUCUACGCUUGGCGUGUCACUGGAGAUGACAAGUACUUGGAUCGUGCCGCCUCAGCUAUCAAGUCUUUCCAAGAGUACCUCAGUAUUAAGAAUGCUGACGGUACUGCCGGUUGUUAUGCUGGUAUUGAUGAUGUCAAUAACAAGGAGUCAUCGAGGAUCGAUGAUACAGAGAGCUUUUGGUUUGCCGAGGUCUUGAAAUAUCUGUACCUGACCUUCGACGACCCGUCACGAUACAGUCUUGAUGAAUAUGUCUUCAACACCGAAGCCCACCCUCUCAAAGUCCCCUCUGGCACGGCAGAUGCCACCUAUGGAACUGGCAAGUUGCGCAAGUCCAACACACCGUUUGAAACCACUACGGGAAGCAUUCCCGCUGUCAGCCCCAUCCCUAACAUUGGCAACGUUGUUACUAAUGCGGUAGGCGGGGUGGAGAGUGCCGUCAAAACAGGGGGACCGAACAGGAGGAGCCGCAGAUCUAAGCACAGGCGUUCGUUCGCUAGUGCUAGCCUUUGAAAUGUUUGAGCAAUGGAGGAAAACAGGACGCUGAAUCGCAGCAGCCACUCGCUUAUUCCACGACAUAUUUAAUAAACUCUCCUUGACCACUCUGCAUUCAAAAAAGUUCGGUCGACUUGAGGGUAUCAGAAUCCCAGAUCACUCAGAAAGCCAUCGUAUUUUGAUAGUAUGGCUCGUUUUAGCCGUGAAUCCAUAUUCAUUUGCGAUACUCUC